AUGGGCCGCAGCACCGUCCUCAGCAGUCGUCGCGAGCGAGUCGUCGUCCGCCAGUCUUACUACUGGCCCGACUGGCAACUCAACUUCUGGAUCAUCGUAAUGCUCGCAACCGGCGGGGUCCUCAUCGGUAUCAACGCAAAUUUCAUCAUAAUACAAAAUCGCCUCGAUCACUUGGGAAUACCAUGGAUCAUGCCAUUCGGUCUCACAGUCGGCUCCCUCCUCGUCGUUUUCAUAAUCCUCAUGCUCAGCCUCAUCGUCCAACGGCGCCUGCUCCCCGGUAUCCUUAUCCUCGGCGCGUUUAUUCUGCUCGUGUUGUUCAUAACAGGACUCAUUGAGACUGCGAUUCAGCUUUUCGGGCCAGAGGGAGAUAUCAACAGCAAGUGUCAGACUUUUGUCAUGAACCAGCCGAGCGAUACGAGAAGUGUGGAUACUCUGGCGUGGCUACAGCAGAACUCCAUCUGCCAAAGCUGGUCCGCUGUGUUCGCUUUCUGGGUCGUUGGGUCUGUGUUCUUGGUCUGGCUGAUUGUUCUCGCAUCAAUGGUGGCGCGAGGCGGGUAUGGCGACGAUGAUGGUCGAUCAAGAGCUUGA